AUGGUGCAGGCGCUCGCGGCGAUGUCGCCUUCCCUCUGGCCGUGGCGAUCGGCGAACGAGGAUGAUGCGGCGCGGACGGAGGCAGAGAUCCAAUUAAAGCCUAAUUCGAGGACUCCUCGAAGCCUCGACGUCGUCCUCCCCUUCUCCGCCACGAACGCUUAUAGCGGACUCUUCGCCUCCCUCCACUCUCCUGUAGCAGGGCCACCUCCAGCGCCAAACCAGAACCGUCCCUUCCCCGCUCCCCUUAACCUCCAGUUCCAGCCCUACCCAUCCCAGCCCCACGGCAGCCACCCCGCCUCCGGUUAUGGACGGAUCCCUUCAGGCUCCGCUCCCCAUCCUGGAUUCGCCGGCUUAUUCAACCUGCAUGCGAACCAGCAGCAGUAUCCUUACGCCCCAUCCGUAGCUCAGGCGCCGCCACCGCCCUCGGGUGCUUACCCGCCUCCGCCCCCGCCGAAGCGGCAGCCGCAGCCUUCUAUGUACAACCCUUCUUCACAGUAG